CUGAAGGUGAGCUUCAGUAGAGCCUGCCCUCCCCUUGUGUGCUCCAUGGUUAGGACACAGGCAGCAGUCCUUCCUAAACAAAAGGUCCUCCAGCUGGAUUCACUGAACCAACAGCCGGUUUCUCCAGCCUUGCGGUCUCGGUAGACAGCACAGGCACCCUUGUUGUGGUUCAAGGGUUUAGCCGUAUUUUCAUGUGUGGUUGCCAGAACCAUUCUUCUGGUAUACACAUCAAGAACAAAACAGAUAAUUCCAGAAGUCAGGGUUGGGCUUUAUACAUCAAUAUUAAAGAGUACACGUUUGUGAAACUAACUCCAGCGUUUCCUUGCUUGGCUCUAAAUAGAGCCUUUAUAAAGCACUGGGUGCGGGCCUGAGUUGCUGGAGCAGGAAGACCCAUGCGCAGCUCUGUUGGGGGCUGCGCAGCCGCAAUGGGAAGAAGGGCCACUCCUGUACUGCAGGCAUCAACCGUUCUGGCCUCAACCGUCUGCCACACCCUGUCACUUCCUUCACCCGAGUGAAGCAGCCAUGGCUGCGGGCAUCCUGCGGGCCAGCAGAAGAAUGGGUUCAGCCGGGGUGGACUUCAGGGUCUUGUGCAUAGCUCUGCGGCCCAGUCAGGUAUUUCGAGCCCCUCUCAACGGGGCCUGGUGGAGCCUCGCCACCACAGCCAACAUGGCGACCGUGAAGGGCGAACUCCUGCAGCACAUCAGCUCCGAGGAGCCCGUUCUCCACAGCAAGGUCUCCAUAAUAGGGACUGGAUCAGUCGGCAUGACCUGUGCCAUAAGCAUCAUAGCGAAAGGCUUGGUUGAUGAGCUCGCCCUUGUUGACAGUGAUGAAGAAAAGAUGAAGGGCGAGACGAUGGACCUCCAGCACGGCACUGUCUUCAUGAAUAUGCCAAAGAUUGUUUGCAGCAAGGAUUUCCUUGUCACUGCCAACUCUAAGGUCGUCGUCAUCACCGCAGGCGCACGCCAGGCGAAAGACGAGACACGCCUGAAUUUAGUCCAGCGAAAUGUAGCCAUCUUUAAAGUGAUGAUUGCCGAUAUUGUCAAGCACAGCCCCCGCUGCAAAAUUAUUAUUGUUACCAAUCCAGUGGAUAUCCUAACUUACGUAGCCUGGAAAUUGAGCGGAUUUCCCGAGAACCGUGUUAUCGGAAGCGGCUGUAACUUAGACACUGCCCGUUUCCGUUACAUGCUUGGGCAGAAGCUUGGGAUCCAUGCUGAAAGCUGCAACGGGUGGGUCCUUGGAGAACAUGGAGACUCGAGCGUUCCGAUAUGGAGUGGAGUCAACAUCGCUGGCAUGCCGCUGAAAGAUGUGAAUUCAGCUAUAGGAACUAACAGUGACCCCGAGCAGUGGGGAGAUAUUCACAAAGACGUCAUUUCCAGUGCCUAUAGAAUUAUCAAAUUGAAAGGCUAUACUUCCUGGGCCAUUGGCCUGUCUGUGGCUGAUAUCACAGAAAGUAUUCUGAAGAAUCUCAGGAAGACACACCCAGUUUCCACCAAAAUCAAAGGUCUAUACGGAAUAGAAGAAGAUGUGUUCCUCAGCAUGCCUUGUAUCCUGGGAGAAAGUGGCAUAUCCGAUAUUAUAAAGGUAAAGCUGAACACUGUAGAGGAAGCCCAGAUACGGAAGAGCGCAAAUACGCUUUGGGAGAUCCAGAAAGAUAUCAAGUUUUAAGCCACCCUGCUAAAGACACCAAGACAGCAGAUGCAGUGAUGCUGCAGUGCGGGUGAAGUGGGGUUCCGAAAGCUGGGACGCUCUUGUUUGGGGCUCCUGUUGUGUAGCAUCCGGCACUUUCUGAGGGACCGCAUUAAAGGUAUUUUUGAUGUUUGAAUCACUGGUUCUUGCCUGUUGGUGUGGUGUUGAAGUUGAUAACUUUCAUUAGUGUGUGAACAUGUACUAGUCCAUUCUGGUUGGCUUAUACAUAUACACACUCAUAAGCCAUUUUUAA